AUGUCUAAUGUUGCGCCGUCCCAGGAACUUGUGAGGUGUCCGGACUGCUCCCAGCCACGUUUUUUCAAGGGACAGAGAGGCCUGAAGAUUCAUCAUGGAAAACAACACCGCCAACCAUCGUCCACGCAGCCACCGCCGCCGCCCGCCCAUGUCCCCACAGACCACAACCACAGUCGGCCUGCUGGUGGCGGGCUGUGGAAGCAAUUAGCGGAGCUAAAGUCCACCUGCCCGGUGGUGGCACGGAUACCCCGCGGCGCGCGGAAUACGGUGGCCGCCUCUCUGUCCAAAUGCAUUCGACAAACAAUAGAAACCAAUGACGUGAGCAGCUGGGAGCAAUUUUUUACCUUUUCUUACCGGACCCUCCACGUGACCCGGGACGGGAAGUCGAGCGGCUCCCUAACACAAAAAAUAAAAAAUAACUGCACGCACCCCACAGAAACCGACAACCCACAUCCACCAUCAAACAGACUCCCCCACCGAAACACCGCACAACUCGUAGAACGCAAGAUAAAUGCGGGGGACAUCAAGGGAGCCGCCCAUCUUCUUUUUUCGUCCGACGCGGCUGCACCCGACACAGCAGAGACUCUGUCCGCCCUGGAGUCAAAACACCCGCUUUCAUCACCAUCCUCGCAGCUUCCACCACCGCCCGACCCCACCGAGCGCACCCCGACAGCCACGGUUGAAGACGUGCAGGCUGCAGUCGCGUCCUUCCGGGGCGGCUCGGCCGGUGGCCUCGACGGACUCUCGCCCCAACAUUAUAAAGAUCUCAUCUUCGGCACAACGGGAGACACUGGCCGAGUCGUGCUGGAGAGCGUGACACAGCUAGUGAACCUCAUGCUGUCGGGAAAGGUUUGCACUGAGAUAACUGAUGUUUUAUACGGUGCAAACCUAUGUGCUCUAAAAAAAAAGGACGGUGGGAUAAGACCUAUCGCUGUGGGAAACGCAAUCCGCCGCGUGGUAUCCAAAAUAUGCUGCAAACACAUCGCGCCAAUACUGUCGGAUAAGUUCCAGCCCACCCAGUUAGGUUUCGGCAGUAAAGGAGGGUGCGAGGCGGCGGUCCACGCGGCGCGCGCGUUCCUCACAAGCGGCGCGGGCGAGGUGCUGCUGAAAGUGGAUGUAAGGAACGCCUUCAACUCGGUUGAGAGGGAAGCUCUGCUGACUCAGAUCAAGGAGGUGGUUCCUGAAAUAUACCACUACAUGUGGCAAUGUUACGGGGAAAAAACAAAAUUAGUAUACAGGAACCACCUCCUUUACUCUGCGGCUGGGUGUCAGCAGGGAGACCCACUCGGUCCAGCGAUAUUCAGUCUGGCUAUUCAUCCGGUGAUAACCAAAAUUAAAUCCAAAUUUAACGUGUGGUAUCUCGAUGAUGGAUCCAUAGGAGAUGAAGCAAGCACCGCUCUUCAAGACCUUGACUCCAUGAUCAAAGAAUUCCAAAACAUCGGACUAGAAUUAAAUUUCUCUAAAUGUGAACUUUUUAUCAACCCCAACCUACCGACAGACAAACAAACAGACAUCCAUAGUAAAUUUAACUCUCUGGCACCCGGUAUCAAAAUCUUAAAUAAAAGCUCGCUUCGUCUCCUCGGAUCCCCAGUUCUUGACGAAUCGAUUCCCAAAUAUAUUGACGACGAAAUCACAAAAUUCCAGGAAUCAUCGCAUCGGCUGGUACAAAUUAAUCCGCAAAUCGCCCUGGUAAUCAUCAGAUACUGUCUUUUCGUCCCAAAAUUUACCUAUGUACUGCGAUGUUCACCUAUUUGGAGACACCAAAAUUUACUUAAUAAUUUGGAUGCGAUGAUCAGAAAUAUACUAACCGAAAUUCUAAAUUGCCAACUGGAUAACCGCAGCUGGGCCCAGGCAUCGCUGCCGAUACGGUUCGGUGGCCUGGGCAUCCGCUCGGCGUCCAGUGUGGCCCUCCCGGCGUUCCUGUCCUCGGCACACAGUACGGCUGGCCUCUACGGAAAGAUAAUUUACCCAUCGCUUGGCGAUGCAGAGGUCACCUACUUGGCCGAGGCCAGGAGCGCCUGGUCAGAUAUCGCUGGCCCACAACAAGAUGUCCCUCGACUACCGGAAUCCCAGAGGCUGUGGGACGAGCCGAUCUGCAGGCAGGUUCAGGAAAAUCUCUUAGAAACUGCCACCAACCCUGCAGACCGCGCCCGCCUCAUGGCUUCUGCCGAACCGGAGUCGGGACAUUGGUUGAGGGCCCUUCCAUCUGCGAGUGUGGGCACACUGCUGGACCGCAACACCUUCAACCUUUCUGUCUGUUUGAGACUAGGCUGUAAGACCAACGAGCCAUAUCGCUGCCGUUGCGGGGACCCCGUCGACCAGCUAGGCCACCACGGCCUCUCCUGUCAGCGGAGUGCCGGCCGAUUACCCCGCCACGCGGCCCUUAACGACGUCAUACGUCGGGCCUUUGCGAGCGCCGGAAUCCCCGCCAUUCUGGAGCCAACCGGCCUGGCGAGAGACGACGGGAAGAGGCCCGACGGUAUGACCGUAAUGCCCUGGAAGUACGGGAAAUGCCUAGUGUGGGACGCCACCUGCACCGACACAGUGGCCCCCUCCCACAUCCAGGGUAGUGCCGCGGCGGCGGGCACGGCGGCGGCUGCUGCAGAAAACCUCAAACGGCGCAAAUACAACGGUCUGUCUGACAGCUACAUAUUUGUGCCGUUUGGGGUUGAGACCCUGGGGCCGUGGGGACCCGAAGCGCGACGAUUAGUAAAAGAACUUUCGUCGCGCCUGGUCGAGGUAUCAAGGGACCAGAGGGCUGGCAGCUAUCUCAGCCAGCGCAUCAGCCUGGCUAUACAGAGAGGGAACGCUGCCAGCCUCCUCGGAACCAUCCCGGGCGACGGCAGCGAACUAAAAGAAAUAUUCUACCUUUGAUAAACUCCUGUUUAUUAAGGGUAGAAUAUUUCCAGGCCAGUUAUAAGUAUUUUAUAUUAUUAUCAUUUUUAUUUGUAAAAUA